AUGAAUGACUCUGUCCUCCUAUGCAGCAUCUGUCCUGGGCAACCCCAGUUCAGCGAUGUUUCCCACCUGUUGACCCAUGCUGCCUCCAAGGCUCAUCUAGCCAGCCACUUCAAGCUCAAGCUCCGCACCGACGAUCCUAACGCAAUCGAGCUUCUCAAACAAUACGACAACUGGUUUGACGCCAAUGGCUUUGCGAAGCAGCUGGCUGCUCGCAUGGCCAGCAAAGAAAGUCGGAAAAAGAGAAAGUCGGAUGAAGCAUUGACUUCCCAGACCACCAAACGCGUAAUUAGCCAAGCAUCCAAUAUCGAGCCUGAGGGCUCCAGCACUGUCUCGGUUCCAACCACCCCCAUCCCUGAUUGCCUCGACCCCCGCCUGGCCGAUUCCAACAAUGACAAACAGCAACAUGCGGGUACAACCGUCACACCAACUACGCCAAAUCAAUUGGCUACAACGAACAACAAUACGAAAUCUCGGACGGGCCCUAUCCUCCGCUCAAUGCGAUCCUCCAAUGGCACAAAGUCAACCGGAUUACAACCAGUGAAUGCUUCUGGACUCAGCAAUGAAAACCGAUCAUUGGCUUUGCCUGUGACACCGAUACAGCGCCGACGUAAACCGGAUCCCUUGAAGAGGACCUGGACUUCCGGCAGAGAUACCCCUGACCCUUUUAUCGACUCCCGUGAUCAGACUCAGGCAUCGGGUGAUGUCGAGACGGACAAGACUCGGGCUGAAGAAAUCGCAAGACUGAAAGGAGUUCUGUGGCCAGGCAUGGAUAUUUUUGAUUCCGCCACAGUGCAGAUGCGUCGUCGGCGCAACCAGAAGAAGGAUGGUGCCGUGUUGAAGAACAUGGAAAUUACUUCUUCUCUCGUGGAGCCAACCGAACUGGUCUUUUCCCCACACGGAACUUUGUUGAAGGGACGUGUGAUCACGGGUAAUGUGGAGGAAUACAGUCCACUGAAAGGAGAGACUCCAGUUCCCAGGCAAGGCCUCACUCGUACCAGGAGUACUCGUUUGACUAAAGCCGACCCCAAUGUGCCCCGAGCUGUGGACAGAAAGCGACAGAAAACUGACAAAGACCGCAAGAACCCAGAAGAAGAAGAGAAGGUCAAAGAAGAACAAAAGUCUCCCCGCCGCUCGCGCCGCGCAGCAGACCGUACUCACUCUUAUGCUGGCGAUGAUGACGAGUUUGGUUUCACUGUCAAUACCUUUGGCAAGCGGCCGAGGGGUGGCUUCGACAUUUUUGUUGACGAGGAAAAAGAAGAAGAGGUUACAACAGGUUAUCAGGAACCGGGGUACCGAACGCAGUUUGACACAUUGACCCCCACUCGCCUUGUUUUGAACGGAAAGACGAACACCGGCAUUCAUGCCUCGAGAAUUGGGCACAAAUCCAUCGACAAGGAAAACAUCGAGCCUAUUCUGAACCCCCAAGGCCGAAUUGGCCCCCACGAUUGGCAGUCUCCAUUUGCCAAGCGCACUGACGCUGACGAUUUUGGAUACGGCCCUCCAUACCUUCCCGAUCUUAGUGAUCCAUACAAUCCAUACGACAACUUUGACAAGGCCGGGUAUCGAUUCAACCCUCUGCAAGCCCCCUCGAGGCAUCCUUUCUAUGACAGCCACUACGAAGAGGAGCAUGAAAGCACUGCAGCCCACAAUGGCUGGCUUUCAAUGGAGCAGACUGUUCCGUCCGAAGAAACCAUCCCGGAAGACGACCACAUGUUUCAUGCAUACUACUUGACUACUGAUGCGAACUAA